CCGAGAACUACAUUACCCCAAAUGCCAAGCGGUGGCAAGAACGGGAUUAGCUUCCACCCGGAGUUCAAACAUCCAGUUUACCCACUCUACAGCCCAGAUAUAGUCACUUAUUUCCCCUUUUAAGCCAGAGACUUCCGUUCCCAGCUGGAACUUCCGAUCCCAUUCUUCUCUCGGUGGAAUGCUUGCGUGGGGAAAAAGAAACGCAAUAGAUCAGGCGAGGCGCAUGCGCUUCCGGCAGCGGCUUCGGCUGGGAGGGAGGCCGGCUAGUCUCCGAGCUCCUCCCGCCUUGUGCAUGCGCAGACCGUAAACCAACGCCCCGCGUCGAGGCGCGGGUUUGGUGGCGCGUUUUAGCGAAGUCGCACGUGAAGGAUAGCAGUGGCCUGAGAAAGACCCAGUCAUGGCAGCCUCAGGCAUCCGUUCAUCAUGGGGAAAGCAUCUGUUCAAAGCCAUCCUGAUUGUCCUCGUGGCCCUCAUCCUCCUCCACUCAGCACUGGCCCAGUCCCAUCGAGACUUUGCACCACCAGGCCAGCAGAAGAAGAAGAGAGAGGCCCCAGUUGAUUUCCUGACCCAGAUAGGUCAGUCUGUGCGGGGGACAGCGGAUGCCUGGAUUGGGCCGGAGACCAUGCACGUAGUAGCAGAGUCAUCGUCCCAAGUCAUGUGGGCCAUGUCAUCAGCCAUUUCUGUGGCCUUCUUUGCUCUGUCUGGGAUCGUGGCACAGCUGCUGAAUGCCUUGGGGCUAGCUGGUGAUUACCUCGCCCAGGGCCUGAAGCUCAGCCCUGACCAGGUCCAGACCUUCCUGCUGUGGGGAGCAGGGGCCCUGGUCAUCUACUGGCUGGUGUCCCUGCUCCUCGGUUUGGUCUUGGCUUUGCUGGGGCGGAUCCUAUGGGGCCUGAAGCUUGUCAUCUUCCUGGCCGGCUUUGUGGCCCUGGUGAGGUCGGUGCCCGACCCUUCCACCCGGGCCGUGCUACUCCUGGCCUUGCUGAUCCUCUACGCCCUGCUGAGCCGGCUCACUGGCUCCCGGGCCUCUGGGGCCCAACUGGAGGCCAAGGUGCGAGGGUUGGAGCGCCAGGUGGAGGAGCUGCGCUGGCGCCAGAGGCGAGCAGCCAAGGGGGCCCGCAGCGUAGAGGAGGAGUGAGCAGGAUGCCCCGCGCACCUCCCGUGUCAUACCAAAGAGCUGAGCUGCUUCAGGGCCACACAGCCCUCCUGCCAGCCCCCUGCCCUUUUCUUGCCCUGUCUCCAAACCUUCAGAACCUUGAUCCCUGCCCCAGCCCGCCUAGCCAAGAGAAAAAGAGAAAGGCCAUUCCCCUUGCCAGUCCAUUUCGGCCCUGUCUUCUGAGGUCCUCUGUCUGGGAUUGGCUCUCUUAACCCUUUCUCUGCUCCCAGCCUGCCUCACCAGGGAAGGUUGGAGGGGCCUCCCUUCUGGCUUCUGCAUCUGCGCCAGCAAACAUCACUGCCAUUGGUCUCUCGUGACUGAACUGGCUUCCCUCUGCUGCUGCCUUGGCUCUUGCUCUCCUGUCCUUCUGAAGUUGCUCCCUGGCCCAGUCUCCAGCUCCCUUCUUGUGUUCCUCUUCCUCCUACCCUGUACUCCCACCAAACCAUGGUCCUUUAAGGCAUGCUCCUGUCCUCUUCAGGGCCCAGCACUGGGGAGGGGCAGGGGUGAUGGGACCUGAGGAUAAAGUGGGAGGAGAGAAACAGGGUCCCCUGAGACCUGCGGGGGCUGGGGGGAAAGGAGGAUGUACCUUGUGUCUGUUAUAAGUGCCUUAAUCCGAGCCAGCAGGGCCCUCUGCCAUACUGUCUGUGGGAAAGUGCUCUGUGUCUGCUUUGUGUCAAGAAAAGAGCAGUCACUCUCAGAAUCUUGAUUCCCCGUCAGCCAGAGCCAAAGGUGGCUGCUGCUUUGCAGGCAUGUGGCUGCUGCUUUGCAGGCAUGUGCCUGCAAGUGGGACCUUGCCAGGCAUCAUAUGCCCUGUGGGGGUUUCAGAGACCCGGAAGGAGGAAGGAGGACCCACCCGCCUUCUUGUCUGCACAACUGCAUGUAAUUCUCUCCCGCUCCACUCCCUGCAACCAAGAAGGAGCUACUGACCCGUGCCUGCUCUAGCAGCCCAGGAGGAAUGCAGGCAGCUCCUCUUCCUUCCAGUGGUCUGCGGAGAGCAGGGUGAGCUGCCAGCUGCCCCUUUCCACCAUGGUGCCCCAUCUUGGUGGUCAGGAGCCACUUCUUCCUUUGAGGCUCUGGUGGAGGUGGGUGUCCUCCUCUGCCAGGCCUGUCACAUGAUGUGAAGAGUAAAUGCCCAAUUCUUACUGUUCAGGUUUGAUGUGGAAUCACAGCUGCAGUGAUAUAUAUUUUUAUCAGCGCUUGGUUGGUUUUAAAUAAAGUGCACGCUAUUUUAUUAUCUUGUUCUGAAUAAAAUGUAUUUACUC